AAUAUAUCAUGUGACCUUCCCAGAGCUGGUCAUGUGACUAAACGUCCGUCCUGCACAGUCAGUGGUCCGUACAGAGCUGAGCAGCUUGAAGACGUCUGUCUGAUCCAACUUUCUCCUCUUUCUGUAAUCCACAGUAAACAUGAGACUGUGGAGGCAAACUCUUGGUCUCCUGUUGCUGUGGGCCUGUCUGGACUCGGUGCUUUCACGGGGCUGCUCGUCAUUUUUCUGCCGAAAAUCGCACCGUGUCAGCGGCCUGAAUGGAGUCGACCCCGGGUCUCCUCUCUUUCUCACUCCUUACCUGGAGAAAGGCGCCAUAGAUGAAGCCAGAAAACUGAGCCUGGUGGGAGAUUUGCCAGGUGCAAACGUCAAGAGUUAUGCAGGGUACUUGACGGUCAACAAAAAGUACAACAGCAACCUCUUCUUUUGGUUCUUCCCUGCCCUGAUGGCUAACCAAGAUAAUGCUCCUGUCCUGCUGUGGCUGCAAGGCGGCCCUGGAGGCACCUCCAUGUUCGGUCUGUUUGUGGAACAUGGACCGUAUGUGGUGUUUAAGAACUUGACUGUCGGUAUGAGGGAAUAUGCUUGGACAACGAGAUACUCAGUUCUGUAUAUCGACAAUCCAGUUGGAACAGGGUUCAGCUUCACUGAUGAUGACAGAGGUUUUGCUCAGAAUCAGGAUGACGUUGGCAGAGAUCUGUACAGUGCUUUAACACAGUUCUUCCAGCUUUUUCCUGAGUAUCAGUCCAAUGAGUUCUACGCAACUGGCGAGUCGUAUGCAGGGAAGUAUGUUCCUGCCAUUUCUUACUACAUCCACAAACAAAACCCAACUGCCAAAGUGAAAAUCAACCUCAAGGGGAUGGCUAUUGGUGACGGACUCUGUGAUCCAGAACUGAUGCUGGGUGGUUACGGGGAGUUCCUGUACCAAACAGGCAUGAUAGAUGAACUCCAGAGACAGUAUGUCAACCAGCAGACUGACCUGGGAGUGAAACUGAUCCAGCAACAGAAAUGGGUCGAGGCUUUUGAGGUUUUUGAUAGUUUGCUGAAUGGUGAUGUGGAGCCGUAUCCCUCCUUCUUCCAAAAUGCAACAGGAUGCACCAACUACUUCAACUACCUGUCAUGUCAGGAGCCGGAAGACCAAGAGUACUUCUCCAAGUUUGUGACUCUGCCAGCAGUGCGACGUGCCAUCCAUGUGGGGAAUCUGACGUUCCACGACGGCUCAGAGGUGGAAAAGCACCUCGUGCAGGACGUCAUGAAGAGCAUCAAACCGUGGCUGGGGGUGCUGAUGGACAACUACAGGGUGUUAAUCUACAGCGGCCAGCUGGAUGUCAUCGUAGCAGCACCACUGACUGAGAGGUUUCUGCCUACUGUCAAAUGGGCCGGAGCUGCAGAGUUCAAAACAACGCCUCGCUUCCACUGGAAGGUUCAGCCCAGCGACACAGAGGUAGCCGGUUAUGUACGACAAGUCAAAGAGUUUUACCAGGUCAUCAUUAGAGGAGGGGGACACAUUCUGCCGUACGACCAGCCGGCGAGGUCCUUUGACAUGAUUGACAGAUUCCUCUCAACGCGGGGCUGGUACUGAAAUGUUUGGAUGCUCAUGAACGCAUCUCAGAGGAUAUUGUUGAUCACUAACUGUUGAUUUUAAAAAGACUGUUGAUUGUCUCAGGUAACGUAAAUCAGCACUAUGUUAGAUCCGAACACAUCUUUGAAGCUGAUUUUUCUUUGUGUAUGGCAGAAGUGACACUUGGUUUAAGGCCGCUCUGACACACUGCACAUCAAAAAAAAAAAGGGACCCAUGAACAGGGACCCAUGAA